AUGUUCGUUUACUUGAUAUUUAUCGCUUCGUUUUUCUUAUUAAUUCAUUUAGCUUUCAAUUAUAAUUCGAAAGCUGUGAUGAUGAAUAAAGUUCCUGGUCCAAAGUUGUCGUUCAUUCUCGGGAAUGCACCAGAGAUAAUGAUGUUGUCAUCAGUUGAGUUAAUGAAACUGGCCAGGAAAUUCGCAAGUCGCUGGGAUGGAAUAUAUAGGAUUUGGGCGUUUCCUUUGUCCAUUAUAAAUAUAUACAAUCCGGAUGACGUAGAGGUGAUAGUUUCGACCACAAAACACAACGAAAAGAGUUCUGUGUAUAAAUUUUUGAAGCCGUGGCUUGGGGAUGGAUUGCUAAUAAGUAAAGGAGAAAAAUGGCAGCAAAGAAGAAAAAUCCUUACGCCUGCUUUCCACUUCAAUAUCUUGCGACAGUUCAGUGUCAUAAUUGAAGAAAAUUCUCAACGUUUGGUGGAAUCAUUGGAGAAAUGCAUCGGAAAACCUAUAGACAUAGUACCUGUAGUAUCAGAGUAUACACUGAAUUCCAUUUGUGAGACCUCAAUGGGCACUCAACUAAGCGACAAAACAGAAGAUGCGUGGAAGGCAUACAAGGACGCCAUAUAUGAGCUCGGACCGUACUUCUUUCAAAGAUUUACUAGGGUUUAUUUAUAUUUUGACAUUAUCUUCUAUUUAACAUCUUUAUGGAGAAAAAUGAAAAAACCUUUAAAGUCACUCCACGGAUUUACUUCUACCGUUAUAAAAGAAAGGAAAAUUUACGUUGAACAAAAUGGUGUUAAAUUCGGCGAGGACGUCAACGAUGAUGACCUUUACAUAUACAAAAAGAGGAGAAAAACUGCCAUGCUGGAUUUACUGAUAGCUGCGCAAAAAGACGGAGAGAUCGACGAUCACGGAAUACAGGAAGAAGUGGACACUUUUAUGUUCGAAGGUCACGAUACCACUGCGUCUGGAUUGACAUUUUGUUUUAUGCUACUCGCCAAUCACAGAGCAGUUCAGGAUAAGAUUGUGGAAGAAAUAAAUGAUAUUAUGGGAGAUUCAACUCGACGCGCGAACUUGGAGGACUUGUCCAAAAUGAAGUACUUGGAAUGUUGCAUUAAGGAGUCUUUAAGACUAUAUCCACCUGUGCAUUUUAUUAGCCGUAACUUAAACGAGCCUGUUGUUUUAAGUAACUAUGAAAUACCCGCCGGUUCGUUCUGCCACAUUCACAUCUUCGACCUACAUCGACGCGCCGACAUAUACGAAGAUCCACUAGUCUACGAUCCAGAUCGGUUCUCUCAAGAAAACAGCAAAGGUCGACAUCCGUACGCAUACAUACCAUUCAGUGCUGGACCGAGAAAUUGCAUUGGUCAGAAAUUCGCCAUGAUAGAAAUGAAAUCUGCCGUUGCUGAAGUACUGCGAAAAUAUGAACUUGUGCCGGUAACGCGUCCUUCAGAAAUUGAACUUAUUGCCGACAUCAUACUGAGGCACUCUGGCCCGGUUGAGAUUACAUUUAAUCUCAAAAUGUGGAUAUACUUUAUUCUUAUUUUCCUACUGUUGCUUACAAUUCAUUUUUCGUUAAAUUAUAACUACAGAGCUAGAUUACUUAGAAGAAUUCCGGGACCAAGAGGUUAUUUCAUCGUUGGGAAUGCCUUCGACAUUAUUUUGUCACCAGCUGAAUUAUUCGCAUCGACAAGAAAAAAUGCAACCCAAUGGCCGAAUUUAAAUAGAUUUUGGUCUUUUGGUAUAGGAGCCUUAAAUAUAUACGGACCCGAUGAAAUUGAGGCUAUUAUUUCAAGCACACAACAUAUUACAAAGAGUCCUGUGUACAACUUUUUGAGUGAUUGGCUACGAGACGGAUUACUUUUGAGUACAGGUACGAAAUGGCAAAAACGAAGAAAAAUACUGACACCAGCUUUUCAUUUCAACAUUUUGAAGCAGUUCUGUGUCAUUCUGGAAGAAAAUAGUCAGCGUUUUACUGAGAAUCUAAAGGACACUGAGGGCAAAAGUAUUAAUGUUGUUCCUGCUAUCUCGGAGUACACACUUCAUUCAAUUUGCGAAACUGCAAUGAGAACCCAACUUGGUAGCGAAACGUCUGAAGCAGGAAGAUCAUAUAAGAAUGCUAUAUGUGAGCUCGGAAAUCAAUUCGUGCACAGACUAGCUAGAUUACCUCUCCACAACAACUUCAUUUACAACUUGUACACACUGGGAAAGCAAAAUAAGCACUUAAACAUAGUUCAUAGCUUCACUAAAAAAGUAAUAAAAGAUCGCCGUCAAUACAUAAGAGGGAACGGAGGUAAUAAUUUUGACGAUGAAAAAGACACACAAGCUGACGAACAUUCCAUUUAUUUUAAUAAGAAAAAAACAGCUAUGUUGGAUCUCCUGCUAAAGGCAGAACGAGAUGGAUUAAUUGACGAAAUUGGCGUUCAAGAAGAAAUCGACACAUUCAUGUUUGAAGGUCACGACACUACUGCUACCGGAUUAACUUAUUGCAUUAUGUUGAUAGCAAACCACAAAUCAGUUCAAGAUAAAAUAAUUGAGGAAUUGGAUGAAAUUUUCGGUGAAUCAACGAGAGCCGCUGACAUAGAAGAUCUAUCUAAAAUGCGCUAUUUAGAAAGGUGCAUCAAAGAAUCUUUACGAUUAUAUCCACCGGUACCAUCAAUGGGCCGUAUUUUAAGCGAAGAAAUCAACCUCAAUGGUUACACCGUACCAGCCGGGACCUACUGUCAUAUUCAAAUAUUUGACUUACACCGCCGCGAGGAUUUGUUCAAAGAUCCUCUUGUGUUUGACCCGGACCGUUUCUUACCACAUAACACCGAAGGCCGACACCCUUACGCUUACAUACCUUUUAGCGCUGGACCCAGAAAUUGCAUAGGUCAGAAAUUUGCCAUACUCGAGAUGAAGUCUCUUCUGUCUGCUGUAUUGCGUCGUUACAAUCUGUAUCCAAUAACCAAACCGGAAGAUCUUAAAUUUGUUCUAGAUCUAGUUUUAAGGACAACGGAACCAGUUCACGUUAGAUUUGUGAAGAGAAAUAAAGUAUAG